AUGAUAUGGGGCCCCUGCCAGACCACUACUGAGACCAUCCGAGUGACAGACAUCUUGGACUCCAAACCGGAGCCAACCAAGGCCCACGUCAGGAUCCGGCCCCCCAGCCCACGUCCCCCGUCCCCCAAGGAGCCCAUGUUCGUUUGCAGCCUGUCCAGUGAGCCUCCCACCCAGCCCAUCAUAAGACGCAGGGCCCAGUCUCUGCCCUCGGUCCACGAGAGAAUCAGAGACCGUCAGGUCCGUUUCCUUGACUCCUUGGGCAUGGAGCUGGAGGAUGUCAAGUUGUUCAAGAAGGGGGAGGAGCCUCGUAUCCCCGCCCACGUCAUCUCCAGACUCCUGAUGAGCUCUGAGAUGAACUCAGGCCGGUCCCUGGAGCUUUCCCUGCCCUACUUCAAGCCCUGUUUCCCUGAGAACAGGGCCUCCCUGCCAGGGUUUGUUCCGCAAGUGGUCUCUCUGGACCAGGUCCUGUGUUCUGAGCUUGGCAUCAUCGGCACGGUGCAGGUCCUCAACCUGGCCUUCGACAAGGAGGUGACGAUCCAUUACUCCUUUACCACCUGGAGGAGCAGUGCUGAGACCAGAGCCUGCUGGGUGGCUACCCUCCACAGGGAUCAGAUGGAGGGACCAGAGUCUGAUUUAUUCCGGUUCCGUUUGCCCGUCCCGCCCUUCAUCCUGCUGCCUGGAGUCCAGCUGGAGUUUGCUGUGUGUUACAGAGUGAUGGGAGCUGAGUACUGGGACAACAACGACGGGAACAACUACAAACUAUCCUGUCAUAGCUACACACUCACUGUGCCUCGGGAGUGUGAGGACAGCAUGGUGCACUACACCUGA